AAAUGAACCAUUUAAUGAUAAGUUUAAUCAGUUUAAAGGACUUGGGGGAGCAGAUAAAAAUUCAAAUGAGUUCCACGGUACAUCAAAUGCCUCCAAGUGUUGCUCUGUGGACGUAACAUGCAGCUCCUGUCAGCCUCUGCUCUUCUGAGCAUCCUGCUCGUGUCAGGGUACGCCAAUCCCUUGCCCCAAAAGGACGACGACCUUUACGCGAAAGCGAUUUUGAAGUUGCGAGCUCAAAGUCUGGGCUUGCCGGACAAGCGUGCUGGUGAAAUUCUUUCAACAUGGGACCCGGACUCGGGUGUAAACCCUGAGGAACUCGGACCUUAUUUCCAGGGUGACAUUCUCACUCUCCCGAGUGAUAAAAGUGGAAUUAUCGACCCCAACUACAGAUGGGCCGAUGGAGUGAUCCCCUAUACUAUUGUUGACGGAGUUUUCAAUGAAACGCAAUUGCAGUUUUUGAGUGAUGCGUUCGAGGCGUAUCGCAAUUUUACUUGCAUUAAAUUUGUACCCUACGAUGGCACCCAAACAGAUUACAUAGUCAUCCAAGGCGAGAACACAGGGUGCUGGUCCUCCGUUGGACGAAUUGGUGGUGUGCAGUAUGUCAAUCUGCAUCCUCCUGGUUGCAUCAGGAAGGUUGGAACUCCCGAACACGAGUUGCUUCAUGCCAUUGGCUUCCAUCACGAGCAAACUAGAACUGACAGGGACGAUUAUGUUGCAAUUUUGUGGGAGAACAUCGACCCUACAAAAUAUCACAAUUUCGACAUGGCAAAUGAUUCGACUCCAUUUGGAAUUCCUUACGAUUAUGGCAGCGUCAUGCAUUAUUCAGCGACGGCCUUUUCCAUUAACACCCUUACAACAAUCGAAACGAAGCCACCCGGUAUUCCUAUUGGACAAAGAGACGGUUUGAGCCAGUCUGACAUUGACAAAGUCAACGCUAUGUACAAUUGCUUUGCAUAGAAAUAAUUUAAAUAAAAUUUUCAAUGUAAUUGAAAUAGUGACUCAUGAUUGAAUAUUGAUUGUUUGUUUUGUAUGAUAUAUAAAUAUAAUAAAGCAAAAUAAAUUUCAACGUUUUAUGCUUAAGAAUACUAAUUUGUAACGUAAAAACAAUUUUUUCAAAGGGCACCGCGUGGGUGUCCAAAUUGCUUUGCUCUUUCCUUUGCAUUCAUUUUCAAGUCAGCCAGUCUGUAAUAAAAUUAUAUUAAUUUCUUCUUCAUCAUAUCAA